AUGCUGAGGGAAAUGGGUGAUGUCGAAAAGGCUUCAGAACGAGCUGGAUCUAACAUGGCAUUUCUGUCCCUUUGGGAUAUGGGUGGACACGUGCCAUUUCAGGCUACGCACAAUGUAUUUAUUUCAUCCCACGGCAUCUAUCUACUAGUUUUCAGGUUGACGGAUCUUUUCAAACACAAAACUGAAACAGAUAGACUGAAGAAAUGGAUUCGGAUGAUUGGGACAUUUUCAGCAGUAGAAUACAAUGCGCCCAAGUUAAAGGAACAUCAUCCUCCAAUCAUAUUCGUUGGUACCUUCCUUGAUGAAUUAAAGAAAACAUUCCCGGACUACGACAGAAAGAUAGCGGAGAUAAAGUUAAGUAUUUCAAAAUUUCCCGAAAUUUCAUGUCACAAGUAUGUUAGGUUCUGUGCUAUCGAUAACAGUCUAGAAAAGCAUCAAGGCGAUGGAAACCUCGAGAAACUUCGGAAAAAAAUCGUGGAUCUAGCUGAGUACCAGGAUCAAUGGGGCAGAGAACUCCCUUCAAAAUGGCUUCAACUCGAGAUGGAUUUGCUUAAAAUCAGAAAACAGGGAACUAAGGUACUGACAUUGACAGAGGUGGAAGAAAUGAAUCUUAAAUCCAUUGCCCCAUUGGAUGACAUGGAAGAAAUAAAACUUGCGCUUGAAUACCUGCACUGUACGAGGUCAUUGAUAUAUUUUCGGGAGAUUGACUCCAUCAUCAUCGACCCUCAGUUCCUUGUGGACUUCUUCAGUGUUUUGAUUACCGAUACCGAGUUUCUCUCAAACGACGACCUCAAGGUGGUCGAAGAUCUAGAGUUGUACAAGGAAAAUGGCGAGUUGACUCCGGAGUUGAUCAAUAGUCUUCUCUGUCGAGAAAAAACGAAAGCCUUUCUUCCUCAUCUGUCUCAUCUUCUUGCCUUGAUGGAAAAAUUUGGGCUGAUAGUAAAGAUGCAAAUUCCAGAAAGCACUACAGGUCAUGUACGUUUCAGUGAAACGUAUACCGUUCCCAGCAAACUUGUAGAGCUUCCAGACAUCAGUACUAUUUCUGAAUGUGUUAAGGGCCGUGUUGUCUCAAGAAGUCUGUGCUUCAUAUUCAAAGAUGUCUUUGUACCAGAGGAGUUGUUCCAUCGAGUCUUUGCCACGGUCCUGAGGAGUUUCAAAACGGCAUCGCUUUCAAGACAAAACUUGAAAGAAGUACAUACAACAAAUGCGACGACGGAAAAGGAGACCUGUCUUUUCAGGGGAUUCGGCCUUUUUGAGAUCAACGAUCUCUAUAGUAUGAUCUUGUCCAUGCACUGGGAACGAUCAGCGAUUGCGGUGACAUUGCUCAGUCCUACACAACCCGAACUUCCGCAAGACUCCGGAUGUCAUGUUAGAGAAAGAGUAGAGCGAAUUCUACAGGAGAUGCUACAGAUGAGUUGUCAGCAGCAUUUCCAGUACACAUACAAUCUACACUGUAACUUUCACCUGAAUCCUUAUGACACUCCCUUAGAUCUGUUCAGUGUCUUCAAAGCAAAGGAAGGUCUGCCCUGUAAAGGGGAGGAAUGUCGAGGAAAACACAGACUAACGCAAUCAGACGUAUUAUUCUGGGGAUUAUCAGAUGAGGCGUGUACACCAUCACAACGACUAAACUCCGAUGGAGAAGACGCACACCUUGACCGAAGGCCAACACCCCGGGAACUUGGUCGACUGUCGUAUGUGGUUGAAGCAACCAAAUGUUCCUUACUCUUCAUCGAGCUUGGACUUUCAAUGCCAGAUAUCACAAACAUAGAGCAUGAUGCAAGGGCCCUAGCGGCGGAAACAAAAAUUACAAGGAUGUUCCUGAUGUGGACAUGUUCCUACCCUAAUCAUACGUUUCGCCACAUUGAAAACGCAAUGAGGAAUUCUCAAAUAAAUUGGGACAGUCUUGGCAGAGCCAUAGAGACAGGUUGGGAAAGUGUCACACUAGAUGAAAUGGAAUCUAACGAAGAUCUCCUUCGGCCUCUUACCGUCAGUGAAACGAAAGGUAUUCUAAGCCAUAUUGGCAAGAAGUACUUCAAUUUGUUUCUAGAGCUUGAGCUUUCCGUCUCCGCCAUAGAAAAAUGUGAACUGGAUUACCCUGUUGCUGAAAGAAGGUUCGAGGCUCUUAUCAAACUUUGGAUCAAAACUUUCCAAGAUCAGGCAACCAUUAUCAGGGUUCUGAAGGCAAUGAAAGUGUGCAAAAUGAACUGGCAUGAUACUGCGAUGGAAUAUUGUGGUGCCAGACAUGCAGCUCAAGAAGGGAAAAAGUGCUGUAACAUUUUGUAAGACAUUUGAGUAGUUUUGAGAAACUCCAUACAACGAGUAACUGAUUUGAAUCUACCAAAUGCCAGGUACCUACUGUGAAGGUGUUUUGCUCCUUGGUUCAAACUUUGCGGUCUAUCAAUGAUGUACACCAGAGAUAUUUAUAGGCAUUACAUCAAUCAAAACACCAAAAAUACGUAUAUUAAAUCUGAAAUCAAAUAUGUACACUGAUGUGAUGUAUCUAUAAGUCUGACGUCACACAUGAACACCAAGGAGACGCAUUUAUAGUUCUGACGUCACACACGAACACUAAAGAUAUAUAUUUAGAAGUAUGACGUCGCAGAUGUACACCAAAAAGAUGGUUUGUAAAAUUCUGACAUUACAAAUGUAUACUAAUGAGCCAUAAGUAUGACGCCGAAUAAUAACUAAAUGUAUAUCUGAUUCGUCAUGGUUUCUGUGAAUAAGCAUCUAAUUUUACAAGUUUUGACAUUUGAUGAUAUUUAAAUGAUUAUUAUAUAUUUUCAAUUAUUUCAAUUUGUAAAAUGGUUUUGGCGGCGUCAAUUGUAGUUGUAUACAUAUCCUUAAGAGUCAUUAUUAUGCAAUAUACUUGUUUGCUAGCUUUUCACUGCAACUCCGAACGCAUUAAGGUUUUUAUUGAGAACAGUUAUUUCUGCACUUCUUUUAGAUUUUCCAUCAACAUUAAGAUAUGAAUAUUUUAAGUCUAGUAUUAUAACCUUUUAGCUUGUCUAACAUAAAGUGACCUAGAUAACAAGGGACGGUGUUGUCAGUAUAAGCCCUCCGUCCUCAUUACUCAACUGUUUUUAAACAGCUAUUUUCAUAAAGGUAGGGCAUGAGAUUUGUAGCUUUCAAUAAAAGGGGUUAUACCUCCUGCAAGAAAUGUCCCUUUCCUUCCAUUAUAUUCCAGGGGGAGGGGAGGGGAGGGGAGGGUCCCAAAGAGUUAAUAACAUCAAAUAAUGCUACCAUGGAACUAUUACGUUUUAUAGUGCUGAUCUUUUAGCCACAAUUGUACAUCAUGACACCAACACUAAAUCUGUAUCGGUGUGUCGUGGUUAACCCACCAAUCCUUCACACCAAUUUCGGAUUUCAAAGGAUGUGGCUCAUCUGCCAGACCUUAUGCGUUUUUCUGUGGGCGUUGUUUGGAUUUAAGAUUAUUGUGUAUGAUCAGGUCUAGGCUUAUAAUAUUGGAGAAUAUAUGGGACUUUGAUGGAAUGAUAUUCACUCUCCUAAUACUGUAUGUUAAUUAGUGUAUUAUAAUGUUUGUUUUACUAGACACAUACACACACAUAUAUAUAUAUUCAGAAUUACAAUGAGAUGUAUAAUCAUAAGCAUGUUGUUUGUUUCUCUAGAAUUUUAUUUCGCCAGGGUGGAUAAGACUCAAUGUAUAGAUAUCAAUAACUUCACAUUAGAUUUCCAUUUGCUUUUUUGAGGUCAUCGCAAUAAUGAUUUUGUUAUAAUCAAAAUUUAAUGAAGGCACGACCAUGAGUGGUAUAUAAUAAUCGUCCUUAUACUAUAUAUCGGCGACGUAGACUGACUGACAACAAAGAAUUCCAUGAUAUGCACUUUAAAUUGGUACAUAAUAUUAUAUAUUUAAUAUUACGUUUGAUAUCAUACUGUCUAUAUUUUUGUACCUCAUCACAUGACGUCAACUUAUACACUCCGCAUGUAGUGCAGACUAUAAACAUUACAUUUCAUAACACACUUACAUUUGCCUAUUGAAGCGUCUGACCAUGUCGACCUUACAUGUACACCUGGUUUACUUCCUACAACGAUGCAUUCACAUUUGACCUGUGUGUCAUUUGACCUGGUGAUCUUCCACCACAUUACUGGCUGGUAACAUGUGCUUCCUAUAACGUUGUAUUUAAAUUUGACCUUUGUGACAGUUUAACAUCCCCCCUUAUUGACUUUUAAUACAGUUGUGCCAUUUGACCUGGUGACCUUACGGACGUGACUUUUAACAUAUACAUGUAUUUCACUUACUGCAGCGUUACAUUUACACUGAUAAUAAUGUAUCGGACAUCUGCGAUUUCAUUAAAAUGAAAUUUUGAUCACAGUAAUAUGCUUUCGACUAAAUUAUUUUUGUGUGACUUAUUUUAAUUUUUUUAUUUUCAAUACGGUGUGUUUAAAUCUGAAACAUUUUACUAAUUGAAAUUUAACAACUUUUAACAUACACUAACAAAGAUGUAUAACUGAUUUUAAUGGUGAUUUUUUUUUAAAUUUCAUCAAAGGGACUAAAUGGUUAGAUUUUAUAAAUUUUCUUCAUGCACUUGAUUUUCGGAAAGCGUUGUGAUAUUUGAAAUCAGACUGUUUACAAAAUUAUGGCGCUUCAUUUGAAAUAUUGGCAAUGUUGAUCAACUUCAAAAUAUCGCUGAACAACACUGGAAGUUGCAUCUGCCACCAUUCGCUGUUUUUUAUCCGAGAGCCGAGUGCGUCACGUUAUUUCAGUAACCUCGCUUUCACCCAACGAAAAUGGAAUCAAAGUUAAAUAUAAACAAUUUCCUAAGCAAAGGCAUUGUUUACACUCUCAGAAAGAUAAUGAUAUUAAAUACCUAGUGACUAUAUCGUUUCUAUUUUAUAUUAAUUUUCCAUGAUUUAAAAAAAAAUGUUUUGGACACUUUAAAAUUUUAUAAUCAACACAAAGUGCAUAACUUUUUAUGUACUAUUGAUAUCUUGUUUACAAUAUGAUGUUCUUAAAUGAAAAUCUAACCAUUUUUAAAACAUUCAUUAUUGUAAAAACAUUAUUUGAAGUUUUCUAGAUUUUGUUUGAAGCUUGAUUUGUUUAUACCAUUUGAUGGGUUUUGUAUAUUUGCAUUGUAUAUCCUAGUAGAAAUGUAAAGCAUAUUAUCACGUUUUACCUUGAUGUAACUUACAGAAAAUAUAAAGCUAAUAAGAAUUAGACUGUCAUUUGAAUUGAUUAACAAAAUAAAAUAGUCUUUAUUUAAGUUGGA